AUGGCGCGGCAGAGGAAUGGGUUGGAAGAGACGCAAUUUGAGCAAAAAGAUUUACAUCACAAAGUGUCAAAGCAAAGGAAAAAGGUGUUUGAUGAUGGAGAUGCAAAAGGCAUGUUCGCGUACUUUAAGAGAAUGGUGGAUGACAAUUCCAAAUUCUUUCAUACCUAUCGAGUUGAUGAAGAAGGUGUCAACCAUCAUGGCCAAACUAUUCUUUUUGGAUGUGCGCUAGUAACUCAUGAGAAUGUUGAGACUUUCGAAUGGGUGUUCUCAAAUUGGCUUCGAUGCAUGGACGAUAAGGCACCUGCUGGGAUCCUAACGGACCAGGACGCCGCAAUCAGGAAAGCUCUAAAGGUUUUUGAGAACAUCACUGAGCAUGUGGUUGAGGAUAGAGUUUGGUACAAGCCUAAGAACUGUUCGAAGGAGAAACCGUCUAAGAGGAAUCAUAGGAUACAAGGUUACAGGAAAUAUGUGAUAAGGGAGCACACUAGGGUGAAGGUUGCAUAUCACGAUCCAAGCAAGACUGAAGAGGUUUGCAGGUUUGAUAAAAUGAUGGUUAAGUUUGGUUCCCUUUGUUCGAAGUCAUCUGUUUCCAAAGACACCACUGAUCUUGUCAUGCAAACGCUCCACUUACUAGAGAUUCAGGUGGAUGAAAAGCUUUCAAUGAUGAAGAUUACUAAUGGAGAAGGAGAAGUAAAAGGUGACAAGGGAACUCAUGUUACUCCUUCCACACAGAGGCAAGAGAGCUGUUCUGAGGUACCGAAGGAUCCCCCUAUGCCGAAGAGGCCUGCGCAUAGAACAACUGAUGUGAGAUUCCCUUCAUGUGUUGAAAAAUCACUACAAGAAAACAGCUCAAUUCCGACAGAAAUAUCCCGUCGGAAACAUUGA